AGUUCAGUCUUUAACUUUAACUUGCUGCGUUCACAUUACACAAAUCGUGUGUUUUAACGUAAAAUUGUUUUAAACUUUAAUAAAAAAAAUUUACAAAAUUUUAACAAAAUAAUAAGUGUUCUUCCAUUUAAUAAAAAAUAUAUAUAAAUAAUUUUUAACUUAAAUCAAGCAAAAAGCUUUUAAAAGAAAACGAACUGUUUUAUAGAAAAUUUUUACUAAAAAAAAAUAUAAAAUAAAGCAAAAUCUUUAUUUAUUUCUUGUGUUUUUCUUCUAAUCGAAAUCAAAAAGUUUGAUAACUUUAAAUUGUUAUCCUUUUUAUUGGGCAUUUUGAGUCCUUGUUCAUAUAUUUAUUACACCCACAUACAAAUAAACAAAAACCCACACACACACACAGAAAAAUGGCCGCCUAUGCUGCAUUCAAACAUGUUGAACUUUACAAUGUUGGCAAAACCAAAAAGAGGGUUUUGAGACCUCCAGGUGGUGGCACCAGUGACAUUUUCGGUGGUGAUUUACCACAAACACCACGUUCGGUUAAAAAUCACAUGCAAUCAAAUAUUUUCUCAUGCGAGAAAGAUAGCAUUAAAAAUAACGUACGACAAGGAGCUCACAGAUUCUAUUUCAUUGGUGAUCAACCUCGCCGCGCUCAAAAGAAUGUUGACUCAUAUCAACGUUUAUUCGGUGAACCCGAACGUCCAGUUACUCCUGCCAAAAAUCACAUGAAGAGCAACAUUCCAUUUGGUGCUAAGAAUGAAGCAGCUCAAGCCUUGAUCAUGAACGGUAAUGGCAAUGGACAUUAUAAUGGUAAAAGUGGUUCUGUAUCAUCGGCCUCGUCAUCGGUGUCAUCAUCGACUGAGAACUUAAAAAUGAAUGGUUUUUCGAAAACAGUUUAUCUACGCAAAAUGAGUAAUCCAACAACUCCCCGUAAUGACAUCGACUCCCAGCACCAUUUAGAAAUGGACGAAAAUGUUAAGCCAAUUAAUAACAAGUGUCAGGAGUUUCGCAAUGAUUUAGAUAAAAUCGAUAAAACAAAUUCAUUAACACCUCAAGAUUCUUCUCGUAGUGGUGGUGAUAAUGGUGCUGGUGAUAUCAAGUCUUGCCAAACUGUAAAAACUUCAGCUUGUAAUUCCCAUGAACCAUAUUCCUUAACUACUAACUCUUCGUGUAACCCUCAAGAGUCGUUAGUUCAGUGUUUGGAUGUUAAAAAAAUGUCUAGAGCUUCUGCAUCUGCUGCUGCAGCUGCUCGUAAUCCUAUAACGGGUAUGGGUUUAAAUGGUGACGGUGUGGGCGGUUUAAAACCUUUAAAACCGAAAUGUCGUAAAGAUGGCAAUCCCGUUACCGGUGAAGGUUACAAAUCGAAUGAUUUCAAUCAUACACCCAGUUUGAAUGGUGCCAAUCAAGUCAUCAACAAAAAUCGUAUUCCACCCGGUGGUUUUUCUUCCGGUCUUUGGUAAAUACAUGUCACUGUAACAAUGUUAAAAGCAAGCGAGUUCUCUUUUAAAAAAGAAAUGACAGCAAAUUAAACAACAACAACUAACAUUCAUUCAUAAAAUGUAUGAACAUUUUAACAGAGAGCUUAACAUGACGCCCGCAAAAAAAAAAAGACCAACAACAGUAAAAUUUGAUGAAACAAUCAACAACUAAAUAAUGAUAUGGAACUAAAACUUUAAAACAACAACUUAAAGAAUAUGCAAAACGAAACAUAUUUUCCAAGAAAACAAUAAAUUUGCUGCAUUAAAAAAAAGAAAAAUGAUUAAUAAUAAUAAAACC